AUGGAUGAUGGAAACUCGAAAAAAAUUUUAAGUAUUGAUCGUGCCGCUUUUCUGUUAUUGCGUGUCAAGAAGGCAUUUAAGAAGAAACGACAGCAACGAAAAGAAAGAAACCUUUUACUUCAAAAUAUUGAAAGCAAUAACAAUGAUAUUAAGUGGAAAAGUACGCCUUCAUUAUCAAGAUCAAAAACACUUCCAGAUUUAUUAUGUCAGCAAGAAAAUGAUGGAUGUAUUCCAAUAUUCAAUAAGGAUCUCCCUGCGCCAUGUAAAGUUUUUCCAAAGACUCCGAAAAUUGCUCUUACCAUUGAAGAUGUUCCCCAAUCAGAAUUUCAAAGACGAAAAUCGUCAGGAAGUUCUGUUCAUUCCAAUUCAUCGGCAAUCGAACCACAUAUUUAUGAGUUUCAGGAAAACGAUAGACAUGCUGAAUCAUCGAAUUUAGUAAUCAGAAUUCCAUCCUAUAGUCAUAUCGCAAAUUGUAGUGAAGCGACUCCAAAGCUUCAGAACUCGUCUACAAAUAGCACAUUUUAUCGUUUCACACGUUUACUCAACAGCAAGCCAGUACCAAAUGUGUUAGGCGAAGAAAGGAGAACAUCAUGGGAUAAAAGGGGACAAGAGAAAUUACCACGCUCAUCUAGCAUCGAUUCAAUGGUGGAUAUAGUAUGGGGUAAUGAGAACGAAUUGACAUUACCGAAGCACAUGACUGCACAAGAGGCUACUAAUCGACGGGAAAGCAUGCUUAGUCCUCGCCGCACAAAACAAUCGCGUGGAAUAAAUUCUUUAUUCUCCAAUGUCGAGCAUAAUAUGCUAGACAAAGUUCGUUCAAUACUUGACAAUACAGAUAUUGAUGUAAAUAGUUUAAACAGUGAUGGAUUAUCCGCUUUGGAUAUUGCUGUAUUAAUGAAUAAUGGACAAAUGGCAAAAAUAUUGCUAAAAUAUGGUGCUCUUCCUGGUCCACAAUCAACUUCCGAUAAUCUUGGGAACUAUUUAAAUUCAUUAAUGUAUGACGCAGAACAUAAAUUACAUCAUUUGGCUGGACUUAGCGAAACAUCUGGACAAACUUUUAACACACGUGCUUCGUUUUCAAGUAUCAUUGGAUCCACAAGUCAAAGUUGUACGGGAACAGAAACUGAACGGCAAAUGGGUGUAUGGGAAAGACGAAUUCGAGGUUUAAGACGAAUGACAUCAGGCUGGCAACGAAUUGAAAUACCUGAUCCACCUAUUUCGUUUGCAGUAGAUGUUAUUGGAACCAAUUCAGUAAUGGCGAAAAUUCUCGAGCCAAUAUCGGAAUGUAUCUGUACAAAGUUUAAGGUUCAAUGGUCAAGUCGCGAGGAUUUUACGAUUAUAAUUGGUGAACGAAUUAUAACCGAAUGGAAUACAUUUCAAGGAACGAUGGGGGCGAGUUGUCAUAUAAAUGAAUUGAUACAAGGUCGUCGAUACUUUUUUCGAGCAUGUAGUGGAAACGUGAAAGGCUUCGGAUCAUUUGUUUUAUCAAACCCAAAAAGUAUUAUUCCAUCAUCAUGGCGUGAUAUUGAGAGAAAAGAACAACGAUUUCAUGGCAAAACUAAAGUAUUGGAUGAAUUACUUACGGCAGUUAGAUUAUGUAGGCCUGAGGAUGCUUCAGAAAUACCUGAUUCAUCUAUACAACGACGAAUUCCAAAGAAGAAAACUUCAAUCAAGCAGCUUUUUUCGGCAGCAUCGAAAUUUCAACGUUGCCUUCGGCGCGGCAUUUAUCUUGCAUCAAUACUUUUUUACGACGAUAAAGUUCUCGUAACGAAUGAAGACUUUUUACCAGUUAUUGAAAUAGACGAUACAUACCCUAGCAACUUAAAUAAUGAUUACUAUUGGCUGAUGAAGAUUUCAUGUACAUGGGAGGAUGUAAAACUGUUACGAACGGAUAUGGAAAAGAAAUCGACUUCAGCGAUACAUUUCCGUACGAAAUUGUUGACAGCAAUUUAUCAAAUGCAAUCUGCACUCGGUAUUACUGAUCUAGGUCAAUUUUAUCAUAAGCCAUUGAGAGACUCUCACGGGACGGUAGUACUGAGUUGCAUUUUAAAUGUAAAGAAUCCGAAAAUAUUCAUGUUCAAUUCAAGGUGGGUACCUCUGAAUAAACUUCAAAAGAAAGUAUCUGUACUGUUAGAAGAUAGCACAAUCAAUGAAAUUCUGUUGAGUGGAAUACAUGAACAAAUAAAUUACUAUCAAGCGUCAAAUCAAAAACUGUCACGUGGAUUGUAUCUAGGAUAUCUAAAAAUGCACAGCUCAUUUGACACGAUUCAAGUCGUUGUGCCCGUGAAAACACCUAAUGUCUUACCACACGUACGAAUUAGAGAAAAUUCUCACAUUUCUGCCGAGGAAUGGAACAUUAUUAAAUCCAAAGACUCAAAUAACAUUAAAAUUCCACUCUGCUUUGAGUCACUCCUUGGGGUAAAUCCAACGCAAGCGCAACAAAAUUUUCUUGAGAGCUUAAAAUUUGCUAUCAUUAGAUUAUUUAAGCACUUAAAUAUAUCUUCCGAAGCUGCAAUAUUACAUCGACUUUAUGAUGUAGAGGUGAUUGACUUAACAAAUGAAAUAAGCUUUCUCAUAAUUUGUCCAUCUGCAGAAAAUGCAAUUCCAUGCGGUGUACCUGGACAAAGUGAUAUUUUAUUUAGACGAACAGAUUUAAUGUGCUUGCCAUUGAUUGUUCAUGAGAUGAUUCAUCUUAAAACCUAUCAAAUUAAUAUUAUUCAAAAAUAUUCAAGACUGUCGUGUAUAAUUGAGUUUGACAUGAUGGUUGCAAAUCAUAAGCAUCGUGAAGCUUUUUCAAAGAAAGAAGUUCAAAUCACAAAAGAAAGACUAAGCAAGUUGCAAGAUUUGUUGAAUAAAUUAAAUGCUGUAUGGAAAGCUACCAGAUGGUUAAUGGAUGUAAUAACAUAUGCACGAUCAAAAGAAAAAUCUCCUGAGCUCGAUAUGAAACGAAUACUAGAAUUUUCUAUGACAAUGCAUACAAUUCCAACAUCAUCAUCGAGUCAUUUGUUAGAGCUUCCAAGUAAGGAUAGUAGAAUCAAGACACCAACAAGAGGUUCAUGGCCAGGACCAACGAAUCAGUCAAAUCAUUUGAUGGCUGGUUCAGUAACAUGUUUGUCAACUGAACAUUCGAAAUCAGAACAGCAGUUGUCAGCUGAACAAAAUUAUAUAGAAAGUGGGCGACUUUCUGUCACGUCGUGUUUAAAUAGCUCUAGAAAGAACAGUGGGGAUUCCAACUACUAUUCGUCAGGCGAAAUAAUUCCACCACGACAAAAUCUUGCUCCAUCAAAGUCAGAGGAAACAUUAUUUGGUGUUUUAAAGCCACGAAAGGGACCAAGCAAUUUACAUCAUCGAAAAAGAACCACUACAAAUCCAUUUUACAGUUCACAAAAUCGCAUGUCACCUAAAAAUAAAACCACCUACGCAAAUAAUACUAAUGAAACAUUUAUUGAAAACGAAAAUUUUGUACAAAAUGAAACAUUUGAUAGAAGUAAUGUCGUAACACCAAAAGUUUUGGUAUCACAGCCAUCAAGCUCAAUUUUUUCAAGGAAUUUAUACAAAAGGAAUUCAAAGAAACAAUUAGUUGAAUUAAAAUACGAUGAUAAAGGGAAUGCUUCAUAAAUGAUGAAAUAUUGGUUUUGCGGUACAAGUAAAGCAAAAGUUUUAAACGAAUUGAUGAAAAUAAUAAUAAUAAUAAUAAUAAUAUGAAUAAUAAUAGAUCUUUAUGAAGAGUAUAUUGUUGUAUAUUCUAGAAAAUAUUUGUGUUUGAGUUUUGAAUUAGAUUGGAGAUGAAAUUCAAAGUGGUUGAAAAGUUUGAACUUAAGCUAUUUAGUUGUAUUGAAAAAAUUCUCAUUUAUUUUUAAAGAAUUUUGUUAAUAAUGGUUAUGAACUCAGAAAAUUCAUACUAUGUGUAGAUGAAAAUUUAUGAAAAUGUUGAAAAGAAAUCUAUUUGUGGUUAAAAUAUUUCGUUAAAUCUACUUGAAGG